UAUCCCGGAUACUCCAAGAGACUGUGCCCUGCCUCCAAUCAACAUCGCGAGUUUAUGUAUCAAGCGCUCUCUAGAUAAGUGUCUUCAUUUCGUGCUAACGGACCUGCGAUACCGUCUGAGGAAUGUUGCAGUUGGAGCCUUAGCAAAUAACUGUCGAGCGAUCUGUACUUUGCGCUCUUUUGCAAUGGAUUCUUCGAUAACCAAUGUUGUUGCACAAUCAGGUGAAUGGUUCCCAGAAAGAACUGAGGAAUGCGGCCAUAAUGUCUCUUCAAGUCCACAUGAAGGGAUGUGCGCAGGCUCGGAGGCCAAGUCUGCGUCUAAUACUUUUAACGCGCCUUUGGAAGUCAAACCCGCGCUGGAUGACAUCCAUAGCCUUACUACUGAUAAGUCGCGCCUGGAUAUGUCAGUCAAGUCCGCGCCACAGCAAGAUGUCAGAGAAAUUUGUGUUGAUGAAGUGCACACUACAGAAAAUUAUAAAGUUAGAAUUGGUAAUCUUCCUCCACACUUUGGUUUUAGGCAGCUGCGUGAUGUUCUCACUAAGCGCUUAAAUCUCAAUGUCGCAAAGCUAAAAGCCCAGCCAAGAGCCAACUGGGCGUUUGCAACCUUCCAUUGUGAAGAAGAGGCAGACACAGCAAUGCAAAAAAUCAAUGGAUUUGAGUGGAAGAAACGAGUUCUGACGGUAAAGAGAGCAAAAGCAACACAACAACCUGUCAUGAAGAGAAACUCUGAAAUGCAGGGUAGUCCAUCAGCAAAGAGAUUAAAGCAAAGCGAGUCUAUUGAAGAACAACUGAACAACCAAGUGACUCCUCUGUGGAAGAUGGAAUAUGAAGAGCAGCUGAAGAUGAAAUGGCAAGACCACGCGAAAUUCCUAGAGACGCUAGCAAGUCAGUUAGAAAAGGUCAAUGCAGGUGACUGGGUCAGUCAUCAUACAAAUGAAAACCAAGGUCUCUGUUGCCCACUGGCAAGUGUAAGGGCCUCACCAGUUCAGUCACAUUACAGAAAUAAGUGUGAGUUCAAUGCUGGUCCUGGCUUGGAUGGUCAACCUACAGUUGGAUUUCGACUAGGGAAAUACAAAGACGGAUAUAACUUGGUAGUUAAGCCAACCAGUUGCAUUCACACGCCUCCAGUUGCAAACGAUAUGGCAGAUAUCUUUCAGCAGUAUAUCCGACAGUCAGAACUGAAGCCUUACAAUACGUUUGAUCACACAGGCUACUGGAAGAUGCUGACAGUGCGUACGGCAUCUUCUGGUGAAGUCAUGGCAGUUGUUCAUAUCCAUCCACAGCAACUAGAGGACACUGAAGUCAAGGAAGAAAUGAGUAAACUAAAGGACUUUUUCCAGUUCAGGCAUUCAGCAAUAACUUCGUUAAUGUUUCAGUGUGACAGGACAGUCAAUGUUGGAGUGUGUGCGUCAACCUAUGAGCUGCUCCUAGGCUCCCCGUACAUCAGAGAGUCUCUUCUUGGAUUAACAUUCCAAAUCUCACCAGAUGCGUUUUUUCAAAUAAACACUCCAGCAGCUGAAAUCCUCUAUGGCUUGGUUCGGGAAUGGUCUGCUGUCGACUUAGAUACACACGUAAUAGAUAUAUGCUGUGGUACAGGAACUAUUGGAUUAUCUAUGGCAAAGGACGUGUGUAAAGUGACAGGCAUAGAAAUGGUUUCUCAGGCUGUACAAGAUGCACAAAUCAAUGCCACUUUGAAUGGCAUAUCAAAUGCAAGAUUUGUAUGUGGUAAGGCAGAGGAUGUUCUGUCAACUACAGUGAGUGACCUUGACCAUGUAGGAGGACAAAUAGUUGGAAUUGUGGAUCCACCUCGUGCUGGUUUGCACACAAAAGUUAUGCAUAUUAUUAGGAGAUGUAAGGGAUUGAAGACACUUGUGUACGUAGCAUGCAAUCCCACAGGAGCUUACAGAAACAUGAUAGAUCUCUGUCGACCAUCAAGUGCCAAGAUGAAAGGCAAGCCUUUUCAACUGGUGAAAGCAGCACCAGUUGAUCUUUUCCCAAUGACAAAACACUGUGAACUCGUCCUAUUGUUUCAACGCUAAACAUCAGCAUGUAUGGUCAGGAUAGUACUCAACACUAUCAUCGCCAGUAAUGACCUAAACGUACAAUGUAGCUUUCAUACAGAGGACGACAAGAGCUGCAAGCAUCUCACAGCCUCUUAAUUUUAAGUAACAAUUUUAUGUUAUGAGCACAUUGUAUUUGCUGAUAUGUAUUUUGUGUCUACGCCAACUGCUGCUGCAAAUGCUUCUCAUCCUGUAGUCCAGACCUACAAAGUGAAGAAAUAGAACUUGCACUAAAGUGAAUAUCUUGCAGUUACAUAGUCUGUGAGUAACCAUUCCACAAGCAAUCACCGAACAUCAUCUCAAACCAAUGUGUUAAACAUGUGGGUAAACGAUGGAUUGACGAAUAGUUAUUCGUUCUUAUUGACAUGAUUGUGGUGGUGAUUUGUCUCUGCUAACACGACUUGUAAUCCUGACAUUUGCUGUCUUGUUCAUCCUUCUCCCUUAUGACUUGGU